AUGGGAUUGUUGAAGUUCAUGAACUAUGAAGAAACAAACAUAAGAGCUUUUCAAAUAGAUGGAUUGGAAGUCAUACUACUAACAAUUGUUCAUGAUGAUGAUGAAUUGAAUAAUCUAAAAGACCUUGAGAUUUAUUAUGAAGAAGUAGAUAUGCCAAUUGAUAACAUGGCUUAUGAAGAAGUUGAAGAAGAUGACGAAGAAGUUGAAGAAGAUGAUGAUGAAGCUGAACAUACAAAAGAUGGUAAAGAUGAUGAAGAAGAUUUUUACAUGGAAGAUGAUAAUGGUGGUAGUGGUGGUGAUGGUAGUGAAAAUGAUGAUGACAAUGAUGAAGAUACAUAA